CAGAAAUGAAAGUAAAAGAUGUGGGUUAAAGAAGUAUUAAAAAGGAUACGUUCAUUGUUUCAUUUACCUAUUUAUAGAAUUUAUUCCAUUCCAACACAAUGGAAUAGAAUAAGUCAGAAAGGAAAGGCAUGUAUCGCGCUAACAUGCAUUGUCCUAGUCGGGAUAAAUCUGGCCAUAAAUCUUUGCUUGUCUAAUGUUGGGAAAGAAUCGGCAAGGACAGACACUUUUUUCAAGGGCCAAUCGAUUAAGCUGUGGUUACUAGAAAAUAACCAUCAGAAUAUAACAUCUAUAUUUCAAUCAACAGGUAAUGAUAAUGAUGAACUGUCAGCAGUUAACAUAGACUAUAUUAACACAUUAGAAACAGUACCUCAUGAAGUAAAAAGUCAGCUUACAAAAGCUGUUCAGUUUGCUCAAGAAAUGAAGAUACUCAACCUAUGGCUGAAUGUGGAAUAUAGUAUUCCUGUAUCUGUGUUAGAAAGAUUGAAUGAUAUGGGGAUAAUAUCAGUAUCUGUACUAAGCAAACUUUCUGAAAAUGAUGUCCAGAGUAUAGAAAAGAUAGUAGAUGGUGAUAUAACAGUUUAUGCACAUAUGCUGAAGGCAAUAAAGACUGCAAAAACUAUGGAAACUGAUCUGCUGAUGUUAGAUUAUUACCAGUCCAUUAGGAAAAGUCCAGGAUAUUCUAAUUUUUUCAGAAUACUCUUAAUAUUUGCUACUGUUGUAAUUGGAGCUAGUAUUCUUUGUUUUAUAAUGGUUGUGGAUUGCAUUGCAAGAGCUAUAAGUCCGGCUAAUCGUAGAUCAUAUCAAAUCCGUCCUCAUAUUCCUCAGAUUCCACAUAUUCCACAGAUUCCACAAAGUAACAACAACAAAGGAUGGUUUUGGAAUUGGCUAGUUGGAUCAUACAUAUCUACACAAAAUUGCACUGUGACAUGGGGCUGGCAGGAACCACAAGUUGUUGGAAAAACAAUGUCAUUCUUUAUACAGUUAAACCAAAAGAAUGGUAAAUCAUAUAAAAUAACUGAUGUAAGAAAUGUAAAUGUAGAAAUACAACACAAUGGAGAGAAGAUGUCGUGUACUAAACACUUAGAAAAAGACAAUGCCAGUAGUGUAUCUGUGUCUUUUACCGUACAUAAAUCAGGGCCAUAUAAAAUACAUGUCAUGGUUCAUGGCAAACAUAUAAAAGGAAGUCCAUUUAUCAAAGUAUUUGAAGCAGGUUCUAUAGAAGCCAGUAAGACAGGAUUUACUAAUUAUUGCUCGACCAUAGUAUGUACAGUUGGUCAAUCCUACCCAUUAGUUAUAGAAACAAGGGACUGUUAUGACAAUCCAGCAAUGUUUAAAACAGAUUCUAAAAAUUAUUUUAAAUUCAAAGUUUAUGAGACAGAGACUAAUGAACGAUAUGUACCUACAACACAAAUAAUACACAAUGCUGACAGUAAACAACUUACUAUGCAUAUAAAGAUGGAAAAUGAAGGCUGUUAUCAAGCUGCUGUGUCUUAUGGUGAUGUUAAACUCAGGAAUGGUGAUUUUAAUAUUCUAGUCAUAAGUGAUGAAGAUUUGGAAGUUGUAAAUAAAACAACAUCUAAAAAAAGUCAUAAUUUAUGGUAUGAAGCUCGUCUUUUAUCUGAUACUGCUGACUCAGCUGAAAAGGCCAAAAGGGUGUAUGUGUAUAUAUCUCCAAAGCAAUUAACAAUAAAAGAAUAUUUUUUAAAAAUUAUUGGAAAGAAACUGCAUACCUGGCGAGUUUGUCCUUCAACUAAGUUUUCAUUUAUUGGAUAUAAUAAAAGAUAUGAUGCUCCUGUAAUGAAGAUAUAUGGAUGUUCACAAUUACCAGUAAUGUUAGCUACAAAAGAUAGAAAUAUUAUAGCUGCUACAUUUACAAACUUUCUCCUCAGAAAUAUUGGUGGAUCAGAAACUUUUCAAGAUAAAAGAAUAUUUUUUCUUCAAGAAGUGAAAAAAUCAACUAAAAGAGGAAAUGUCACCCUCAAAAUAGACAGAGCUAAUUUACUUCAAAGUUCAUAUAAAGCAUCGAAGAGUUUAUAUGCCUCAGAUUGGUUUAAAACAUUUAAUAUAGAGUUUGUAAAUGAAUUAGGUUUAGAUUGGGGAGGUUUGAGAAGAGAAUGGAUACAAGUUUUAAGUACAGAAUUAUUUGAUCCUGAUAAAUCUGGAUUGUUUACCAGAUUUACAGACAAUUCUCAGGGAUUAAUCCAUCCACGUCCUAAUGCUGGUGUCAAAAUAAAAUUAUAUGAGUUAGCGGGUAAACUUGUUGGUAAAUGUUUACUAGACAGUUCUAUAGGAAGUACAUCUCAGCUUUUUAUAAAAGCCAACUUUUCCAGGUCUUUUUUGGCACAGGUCAUUGGACUUCAGGUUAAUUAUAAGUAUUUUGAAACAGAUGAUCCAGAUUUAUAUAAAACAAAGAUAAAGUUUAUAGAGGAUAAUAGUAUAGAAGAUAUGGAUUUAACAUUUAGUGAAGAUGAAUAUGUGGACGGACAACAUGUGAAGACUGUUGAUCUUGUUCAAAAUGGUUCAAAGAUGAAUGUAACUGAUGACAAUAAAAUGUAUUACCUGAACUGCCUUGCUCAAUAUAAACUGGUUACUGGUGUCAAGGAGGAAGUAGAAAGUUUUUUAAAGGGACUAAAUGCAAUCAUUCCUGAUAAUCUGCUUAGUAUCUUUGAUGAAAAUGAACUGGAGCUAUUAAUGUGUGGUACAGAUAAUUACAGCUUUAAUGAUUUUAAACAGAAUGCAGUCAUAUCAGGAGAUUUUGUGGGUACUAAGUUAUUGGAAUGGUUUUGGGCAAUUGUUGCCAGCUUCACAGAUGAACAGAUGGCUAGACUAUUACAAUUUACAACAGGCAGUUCUCAGCUACCACCAGGAGGAUUUAAAGACCUAGAUCCCAACUUUACAAUUUCAUUUACAUCUUAUUCCACAAACAGCUUACCCACAGCACAUACAUGUUUUAACCAGUUAUGUCUCCCUACAUAUACAACAAUGGAACAGAUGCAUAAAUGUAUGAUAACAGCUAUCACUGAAGGCUUUCAAGGAUUUGGAUUUGCCUGAUAUUAUUUUUCAAUAGUACAAAUGCUGUAAAAAUGUAAGCCUAAAGCUCCACCAAGAUGAUAUUAGUUCUUUUUGGUAGAAAGUAAGGUAUUGCCUAAGCUUUAUUUGAAUGUUUAUCUCCCCUGAACACUACUUUUUAAGGAGUAAAUGUCAAAAUAUUAUGCAAGAUUUACAGAUUUAUUUCUCAUUUCUUCAUAGAGAACAUUGUCUCUGACCAAAAUCAAAAUUACAAUGUGAUUAUACUGAAAGUUAAUUCUCUGUAGAUAUUACCUCUCAGUAUGAAAUAGUCCCUGGCAUAUUAAUGAAGACAGAGGGACCAAAAAUGUGUACAUCCAAAAAUUCAACUUGCUGUCGGUUUUUACAGCAUUGACCAUACAAUCAUUUACCAAUUUUCUUGCAUUUAACUAGUUCGAUUUUUAUGUCAUUAAGUGCAUUUUUAAUAAGAUGUUAGGUAUUGAAAUCAGUAUUGCUGAGAUGAAAUAGAUUGAUUCAAGUUAAUUUACCCAAAUUUACUUGAGUUCCUGCUGAGAAAUUUUUAGGUUCAAUAUAUGGAACGUCUUUUGUAUCAAUAAAAUCUAGUCAUUUUGAUUUAGUGUUGAGCUGUCUAGCUAGGAAUGAUUUGUUUUGUUCCUGUUGUUGGGUUCUUUGCAUAGCUUUAUUUGUGAAACAUUCAAACUUUCCAUGGGUUUUCUUGCAGAUUUUACACAUGUGGGCGUAUCGGCAGUAAGGUUUAAAACAACCUUUUGGUUGAUUAGAAUUAUUGCAGAUUUGCAUUCCAUUGUGAACCAAAAUAUCUCUUCCAUAUUUGUCUUGAUACGGAGGUUGAAUUUUAGAAUUAUGAUAUCCCCUGCUAUUUGGACACAUAGAUGAUUUGUGUAGUGUUGAUGAACAGAAAUUACACAUUUUUACUGUUGAGCCAGCACAAACCAUUUGUCUCAACUCCAAAUCACCCCUAGACCAGUCAAUUUAAUGUUGUGUUCUUGUAACAUAAUUGAACAUUUAGCACUAAACAUUUUGUGGUAUUCGAAAAAUUUUGCUGGCCACACAUUAGCGGUUUCGAUGAUGUGGGAUAGGUAAGAAUCUAAUGCAUUCUUCUGCCCUGUUUGGAAAUACUUGACACAUUAUUUUUUUGUAUCUUCCAAAAGCUAUAAUAAACUCGUCUAGUGUUAAAUUUCGUUUAAACGUUCAUCGUUUUCUUAAAACUUUUGGGUAUUGGGUGUUUCAUAAUUCGGAAGAAGGAGAAUGUUUAAGUUGACGCUGUGGUGGGAUAUCCAUUUUUUGACAUUUGCACUUGUUGAUUUUGCAUGGCAAAGAUUGGAACUUGUGGUCCGAAACUGUUUGGGAAAUUCAUCUGGUUGGGGUUUACAAAUUCUCCCAACGUAGGGUUUUGAACACCAAAUGUAUUUGGGUUGACGGGAAAUGUUGAUCCAGGCCCAGGUUUAAAGUUCAUGGUGGAAUGUAAGUUGAAUUUAUUAGUUUGUUUAGGAACUCCGGCAAUGGCUUGUUGACACAAAUGUAAGGUGUUAUUGACAAGAGCAUAGUCAAGAGUAUUGAGAUCAGCCCUGGGCGGAAAUGCGUGGUUUUGAUGUGCAGAAGCACCUACUACUGGUAAAGGCGUUGGCUCAACUGUAUUCAUUUGCGAGGUAGAUGCUGUCGGAAUUUGGCUGGAAAGUUCGGAAUUCUGCGUAUUCGAAGACGAAAAAAUAACAUCAUCUUCUACAUUUGAUGCUAGAGAAGCAUUCAAAGUUGCACUGGUGUUGGUUGUUUCAGUAUUUCCACUGUCAGAAUCUUCCGGACUACUUUUUUGGUUAUCAAAGAAAAUACGUCUUCAUUGUUUAUUAGUAAAGUUCUCCGAUAUUUUGAUUCCUAGCGAAGCUAAUUUAUCUUUCAGCUCUGUUGAUGUCCAAUUAUUCGGAUUAUUAGGGUCUAGCUCUGGACCACGUGUUCUUUUUCUAUUAUCCCUCCUUUUGGAAGCCAUAACGUGAGGAACGUUUUUACACAGAUAAUUAUAUUCCAAACUUUUAUAAAAACAUCACUCUACGCAAAGUUAUUUCAUAUGAUGAUAAAUCCUUCGUGAUUUAUAAAGAAAAAACAAGAGCACAGUUAUAAGUCAAAAAGCUGACCAAAACAAUAGAAGUUCAUGUAUUACUUGCAGACACAUAUCAUACGCAAACAUCGUGUGAAGUAAUGACGUAGCAAAAUUAGAUUAGAAUGGAAUGUGCACUGUGACGUCAUAGACCGUGUGCAAAGAUAAUUAACUACCCAAUAGAGUGAGAUGACAAGUUCAUAAUAAACUUCAAUUAUAAAUAAAUAUAAUUUUAAUUCCUAUUAUUCCAUCAUUUUAACUUGAUUGGAAAAGGCUAUUAUAAACAAAGCUAGAGGGACAUUCUGUUACAAUAAAAGGUAAAUAUGUAUCUACUUAAUAUUUCCAUACAACUUACUAAGGAUACUCACUAAUUAUAUUUUCAACUUCACUUUUGAUUUGAAAUCCCUCCUAUUUUUUGAAGCAAUAAAUAUAUCAAAUAUUUUUUUAAGAGAGAAUGAUCUUCAUACACAUGAGCAUGGAAACCAAAUCAAUCAAGUCAAAUUUUUAAAUGAAUACAUAUGGUGGAAAAUUUAUUUGUGAUUGUUCAAAGAUCUCAAUUAACCUUGUCUGUGAUACUGUAGUGUAAAAUAAAAACUUUGUGUGUAAUUUUAUUAUGCUUGAUGUUUAUAUUCACUGUUACCAAAUCAGUCAAUCAGAAUCGUUUUGUGUACUUGUUUUGUAUUUUCAACUGCAAUUGGGCUGUAUACAUAUGAUUUGAUACUGUAAAUUAUAAAAUUACAGCAUGCAGUUUUGAGAGUUAUCAGUGCAAUUUCGAAAAUGCAGAAAAUUCGAAAUUGGAGUUGUAAUUAAUGUAAUGCAUGUUUUUUUAUAUAUUAACAACAUAUCAAAAUAUUCUGAAUAUUCUGAAUUCACAGUACUUAAAUUUUUAUUUACAGUAGUAGCUAAUCAUCUCUUUUCAUGUUUCUUUUCUUUUACUAGUAAGUAAUCACUAUUAUUUAGAUCAAUACAAUAGCUAUUAGAUAAAUGAUAGCUUCUUGAAUAAAAAUUACUUAGUGAAAUUUGAGUACAUCUAAAUGUAAGUUAAAGUUUCCUGAAUCGAACUUUUUCUUUUGAAUUUCAAAUUUUAUUUUAAAUAGUGAAAAAAAUAUGAAUUGUGCUGUAACAAUUUAAAAUAUGUUGUGGGACAAGUUUCAUUUGAUGUAAUGUGUUAAAGCAAUAAAAGUGUUUUACUACCUCACUUUAUACAACAUCUAGUCCAGAUUUUUCCAGUCAGAGGUGACUUUACAAAGAGAUGCUAGUAACAUAACAAAAAUGUUUCAAAAUUUGUUUCAGUUUGAUUACUGUUGCAAUUGAUUUGAUUUGGAAAUUUGUUUCAUCUGAAACCUUGUGCUUUAUUAUGAAGCCCUUCUGUGUUUCAUACAAAAUGUGCAAUGGUUAACGAUUUUACAAAAAGAAGCAUUCAAUUCUUAAAUACAUACAUCCUUUAUUGAACUGAGCAGUUGCAAGAUUGUUGGAUUAGACAUACAUUUGUUUAUGGUUUUGGUUAUAAAUUCAUACAUAUUAUUCCAAAUGAGUCAUGAUUUAAUGUAGAUAAAUUUUAAAAGAAAAAUCUGUUAUCAUAUAUUCAUCCAUUGUAUGUGCUCAAGGCUUAUAUCUUAUAGAGUUUAUCAACUAUUGUUCAUUGGUAGUUUGAUUUUGUUUCUUAACUGUAAGACCAUAUUGCAGAUUGUAAUAUGCUAUUUAUAAUUUAUAAUUUUUGAUUAUUUAUUAGUAUUUAAUUUAUUAUUAAUCAUUUAAUUAUUAUAAUUAUAAACUAUAUAUGUUCCACAGUUCUCUUUAUUUAAUAAAUCUUAUUUAGUACAAUUUGUGAAAUACAGGCCUUUUUUUCUAAGAAACAAUCAAUAUAAAAAAGUGUAAUUUAUUGGAUUUGAAUUGAAUCAGGAAUGGUAGGCAAUAAAAUUUUAUAGGCCUAGUAACUCAAGAUUCUAUUUCAAUAGAAUACUAGUAAAUUAUUUGAAAUUUAGUUAAUUAUUUAGUACUUUGCAUUUCAUUCUAUAAAGCUUACCGCUCUAGUUAUCAAAGCUAGAAAUAAAAAGGCUUUUGCAUGUCAGUGUAAAUUCUUUAUCCAUUUCAAUAUUUUCACUCAUGUUUUACAUGUUCCCCAUUUUUUUGCAGAUUUGCACUAAAUACUAACAAAAUAAUCCAAAAAAUAUUACAAAACCAAAGUACAUGUAUAAGUUUGUAUUUUGUUGUUAUUCUUCUAUAUAUAUCCAUUAAGAUGUGUUUAAUUUAUUUUGUUUUUCAUUGUUUUUUCAAUGUAUGACUGUUGGUCUUCUUUAAGUGCUUUUACUAGUUAAAUCCGUUAUUUUGUAUGAGUCUUUGUUUUUACAUUUAUAGAUCAGCCCUAACAUGGUAUGUUUUCAAACGUUAUCCAUUUCAAAUUUUGAUUUAUAUUCUUUAUUAAAAUAUUUGUAUUUUAGACCUUCCAACUUGCCCAAUUAAUGUGGGAUUUUUCCUAUGAGAGGUGUUGAGCAGACCCUUGAAAUCUCCCCAUUAUAUAAACCAUAUACCUCAUAACAGGCAUUCAAAGCAGGCAAAAAUGGCAUUGAAGAACAUAUUUACUCAUAUUAAACCAUAGUAUAUAAUAUUAUAAUUAAGAGAUGCCUUAUGUCCUCUUGUGCUUUAUUCCCUCACUGGUUUUUUGUCGAGCCUUCGACUUUAGUCGAAAAAGCGAGACAUAGCGAUCCUACAUUCCGUCGGUGUCGUUGUCGUCGUCGUUAUCUUCGGCGUCCACAAAUAAUCACUUUGUGGUUAAAGUUUUUAAAAUUUUAAUAACUUUCUUAAACUAUCCUGGGUUUCUACCAAACUUGGACAGAAGCUUGUUUAUGAUCAUAAGAUAGUAUCCAGAAGUAAAUUUUGUAAAAAAAAAAAAAAUCCAUUUUUUCCUUAUUUUACUUUUAAAUGGACUUAGAUUUUCUGCCAGGAAACAACACAUUCACUCUGUGUUUAAAGUUUUUAAAAUUUUAAUAACUUUCUUAUACUAUUUUGGAUUUGUACCAAACUUGGACAGAAGCUUGUUUAUGAUUUAAAGCUAGUAUCUAGAAGGAAAUUUUGUAAAAAAUAAAUCCAUUUUUUCCAUAUUUUACUUUUAAAUGGACUUAGAUUUUCUGCCAGGAAACAACACAUUCACUCUGUGGUUAAAGUUUUUAAAAUUUUGAUAACUUUCUUAUACUAUUUUGAAUUUGUACCAAACUUGGACAGAAGCUUGUUUAUGAUCAAAUGCUAGUAUCUAGAAGGAAAUUUUGUUUUCUUCCAGUUAACAUUACAUUCAGUCUGCAGUUAAAGUUUUUAAACAUUUAUUAGAUUCAUAAACUAUCCUGGAUUUUUACCAAACUUGGACAGAAGCUUCUUACAAUCAAAAGAUAGUAUCAAGAGGAAUAUUUUUAUUGAUUUACUUCCUCAUUUUUGUUGAGCCUGCGAUCAACAGAAAAAGUAGGCGAGACACUGGGUUCCGCGGAACCCUUACGAAUUUUUAGAAGUUGGCAGGUUUGCUAAUUUUGUUCAAAAAUUUUACCAUUUAUUCACACAGCACAACACAUGACUAAUAUUUAAAUUCUUUCACAGGAAGUGUAUUUUGUGAUAAAAUACCAAAGGCGAAAAAAUAUGUUUAGCCAAAUCAAACAGUUGAAAAAAAAUUCUUUAUUUUGCUCAUGUUAGAAUUUUUCUAUAUUCACACAAAUUAUCCAAAGAGUGCAAUCUAUUUCCAUUAUACCAUAGAGAUUUACUAAUAUUAGUAAUAAGAAAUUUAUUGUCAUCAAGAUAAUUAAUAUACAUGUAGCAGAUACUUAUGACUGGAAGUGGUGUUUUAAUCAUGAUCUUUAAUCAAAAUGUUAAUACAAUGUAUAAUCAUGUUAUUUUAUUAUUUUUAGUUCUUUUUAUUAAAGUUCACUUUGAA